CCCACGAUCUGUCAGAACAGCUUGUUGCACGACCAGCUUCUUGGUAAACUAACUUGAGUUCGGCGUUAAAAUCUAAACCAGUUGCCUGACAAAUCGGGUUUCGCGCGGACCGACCAGAAUGUUCGCUUCGGUUAGAAAACAAGCCUUAAUUUCUUUGACUUAACGAGUCAUUUACGGCAGUUUCCAUCGAGCUCUUUUUGCUGUCUGCGUGAUUUGUGGUCAAGCGGCAGGUCAUGUUAACCAGAUCCCGGACAGAAGAAAGUGCCUUUUCUGACGUGGUUCCUACUUGAAGCUGCUCUCCGCGCCCAUCCUACACUGGCUUGGCCUCCGAAAAGAUCUCAAUUCCUCAGACUUGCCAAAGCACAAGGAACCAACACGCUCUUUCCAUUCACGGACCAUUAUUAGAUCUUGUUCCAAGGAGAGCCAUUGCCUUCAGGUAGAGUUUUCCACAACCGUCGGCCUCAAGACCAUUUGGAGACCUGGAGCAUGUUCUUAUUGUCGCUCCAGUGUUGUGCACCUGGGACUAAAUGACUGAUGAGCGACUUGACAGAGAUUGACAUCUUCACUGAUAGCGGCCAUCUCCCAUGCGACAGCCAACGGGGGUCUGAAUGUGACAUCUCUAUUUAAAGGACCUCGCCAACAAACUGAGACAAACCUCAAAACUACAUCAAGAAUCAAACACAUUCGCAGACUAUUAAAAAACAAGUCAACAAUCUACUGACGCCAUAGAGCCUGCAGGUUCUCGACACAACUUUUGCUAUGGCUUUAAACAUCGCGUCGAUACGAGACACGAAAUGGCUGACUCUCGAGGUGUGCCGGCAGUUUCAGAGAGGGACGUGCUCGCGCAGCGACGAGGAAUGCAAAUUCGCGCACCCACCCAAGAGCUGCCAGGUGGAGAACGGGCGGGUGAUCGCCUGCUUCGACUCGCUGAAGGGUCGGUGUACGAGAGAGAACUGUAAGUACCUUCACCCACCAGCGCAUCUGAAGACGCAGCUGGAAAUCAACGGACGCAACAACCUCAUCCAGCAGAAGACGGCAGCAGCGAUGCUGGCCCAGCAGAUGCAGUUCAUGAUCCCCGGCACCACCAUGCAACCAGUGCCUACAUUUCCUGUCAGCCAAGGUCUGGGCUCGAGCCCUGGACUGAGUUACGCGCCGUAUCUGACUCCCAUGAGCCACGGCAUGGGUCUGGUCCCCACAGAGAUGCUCUCCAGCACCCCAGUGAUCGUCCCGGGCAGCCCACCGGUCAACGUGCCGAGCUCGUCCUCCACACAGAAACUACUGCGCACCGACAAGCUCGAGGUGUGUCGCGAGUUUCAGCGGGGAAACUGCGCGCGCGGCGAGACCGACUGCCGCUUCGCCCAUCCUAGCGACAGCCCCAUGAUCGACACGAGCGACAACACGGUCACCGUGUGCAUGGACUACAUCAAGAGCCGCUGCUCGCGCGAGAAGUGCAAGUAUUUCCACCCUCCGGCGCACCUUCAGGCCAAGAUUAAAGCAGCUCAACAUCAGGCUAACCAGACCGCCGUCGCAGCGCAGGCCGCCGCUGCAGCCAUGACUCAGUCGACUGCCAAAGCAAUGAAGCGACCCCUCGAGGCAUCUGUAGAUCUGGCGUUUCCCCAUGGAGUCCUGCAGCCCCUACCAAAGAGACCAGCACUAGAAAAGAGUAACGGGGCCAGUACUCUCUUCAACCCCAGUGUCUUGCACUACCAACAGGCUUUGGCCAACGCACAGCUUCAGCAGCCCACCGCUUUCUUUCCCACAGGGUCAGUUCUGUGCAUGGCUCCUGCUAGCAGCAUUGUACCCAUGAUGUACAGUGCUACGCCUGCUACUGUCUCUGCAGCAACAACUCCUGCCACAAGUGUCCCCUACGCAACAACAGCACCAGCCAAUCAGAUCAUCUUGAAGUAAACCACCGGAGAGGAACGGGGUGUCAGGAAGCUGCUUUGAGAAACCCAAAAAGAUCCCCGUGUAAAUACGACCUGCCCUCCCCGAUAGAACUACAGCAACCUGCAUGAUAAAGCGUAAACACAUUAGCAAGCCACAACACACACACACACACACACCGUAUACCUGUUAUGCUCAGAAAAGCGACUCAACCGGUUUCUAACUAACUUCAAAAACAAAAAAUAUAAAAAACGAAACAAGAAAAUAUAUAUAUAUAUAUGUCAAUGUACAGCACGUUUCAUAGAGGCAUAAGUGAGAUUCAUCCGAAUGAUCGUCACCAGUCAGAUAAUGUGUAUUUUUCUCCCAUGGUCGGUUGUUUUAAAUGAAAAACAAAUGCACAAUGUUCACCCUGAGCGGACGACAAGCGCAAACACACACACACACACACACUCGGUUUGCACUGUCAGAAAUAGUGCUUAAUAAUAAGUGCUUGAUUGUCUUGAACGGGAGGACGUCUCCUGCAGAGUUUGUCUUAACAUCCCCAUGACCCUCCGGAUAGGGGAAAGGGGGGUUGCUUGAUUUAUUUUUUGGAUUUUUUUCUUGUUUUAAUACACCGAAUGUCACAUGGUGGACAAAAAGAAGAUUGUCUACUGGUCAAAAAAUGCGCCUCCCUCCGGUUUCUCCUUCUUGGACUU